CUUUUCAUCUUUGUCGUGGAGGCGAGGCUGUUCGAUGGUCUGCAAUCGAAGCGAGGGAUUUGGGAUGUCGAAGAAGAGGAAAUCCGAUGCCAGCCGCCUCGAUGAGUCCGAUCGGACGAUGUACUCCACCUUCCGGAGCGCCGCCAACUCUUUGUCCUUCCUCUACACCCAAGCCAUGCACCAUCAGAAGCUCUCCUUUCAAGCUGGCCAGCGUCAUGCUUUGGAGAAGCUAUAUCAAUGGAUCUUGAGACAGCAUGAGGAAGGAUCAAGAGUAUCAGUAGCUGAUAUAGUUGCCCAUCUACAGAAUGAGAUCGAGUAUGGAGGGGAGGACAUAACAUCACCAAGAUCACCGCCACAACAACAACUAUUUCAAACUGUGCCACACUAUACAAAUACAAACUUACAAAUGGCUUCCGGCUUUCUUGGGCAGCAGCAAGCAGGACCUGCACCUCGAACCAACACUGUUUCUGACCAAGCCAAAAACUCUGUUUUCUCCAAUGCUCUUUACAGUCCUAUUCAUAGAAACCUUCAGACCUAUCAUCAUGCUCAGGGAGGAGAAUAUUAUCCAAAUGAGAUUGCACCAUCAUCAAACGGAACAAGGAACCAUGAACCAAACUCUUCCGGUCAAAACCGAGAAACCAAUGAUACAUCAAUGGAUAUGCAUUCCGAUUAGAUCUUGUCCAGGGCUUUUGUAGAGGCAAAGUGGAUACUUGUUUUGUAACGGAGGAGAAGAUCAUUUGUGAAAUGUAGUGCUGCUUCUUUUUUAUUCAUUCCUUUUGUCAACUUUUUUUUUCUUGAUCGUUGCUAGAGAAAGAAUUUGUCUGCAAUAUGGUUUGUGUACGUGAGACAUCAUCUGGAACUCUCUUGUAUAUACACAACAACUACUUGGUUAACUACA